CCUCACUCUGCUUCCUCUGCAAUCAUGUCUGACAAACCCCAAAAGGCUGAGGUUGAGAAAUUUGAUAAGUUGAAAUUAAAGAAGAUAGAAAAGCAAGAGAAAAAUCCACUGUCUUCAAAAGAAAUGACUGAAGAGGAGAAGCAAGCAGGCAAAUCAUAA